AAAGUCUCAGGAAGUGAGCUCUGGGUGGGGGUAUACGGCUCAUUCAAUUCACGCCCCCCACCACGUCCCAGGUGUAGAGAGGGAAAUUACGGCCCAGAAAGCCAGACUUGCCCAAGGUCACACCAUCAGCCAGGAGCGCAGGGAGGCCGAGCCCCGCAUUCCAGCUCGCGGGUGCGUCCCACAGGGUGGUCUGGGAGGCGGGACCGACGUGCAGACUGACGGGGCGGAAGUGUCUGGGCAGCGGAGACCAACCACCAGGCUCCGCGACCGCGGCGGGGCGGGCGGCCGACCCGCCAAUGAAAAGCCGCGGGGGAAGUGGGCGGGCACUUCCGCUUCGGGGGACGGGGCGGAGCCUGCGGGACCCGGCGGCCGAGCUGCCCCCCAUGGACCCUGAGGUGACCCUGCUGCUGCAGUGUCCUGCGGGGGGCCUGCCCCAGGAGCAGGUCCAGGCUGAGCUGAGCCCCGCCUAUGACCGUCGCCCACUGCCAGGUGGGGACGACGCCAUUACUGCUAUCUGGGAGACCCGGCUAAAGGCCCAACCCUGGCUCUUCGACGCCCCCAAGUUUCGCCUGCACUCAGCCAACCUGGUGCCCACUGGCUCUCGGGGGCCACAGCUGCUCCUACAUCUGGGUCUUACUUCCUACCGGGACUUCCUGGGUACCAACUGGUCCAGCUCAGCUGCCUGGUUGCGACAGCAGGGGGCCGCCGACUGCAGUGACACGCAGGCCUAUCUGGCGGACCCACUGGGGGUGGGUGCGGCACUGGCCACGGCUGAUGACUUCCUUGUCUUCCUGCGCCGCUCCUGGCAGGUGGCUGAGGCCUCUGGGCUGGUGGACGUGCCUGGUGGGCACCCUGAGCCUCAGGCCCUGUGCCCUGGUGACAGCCCCCAGCACCAGGACCUUGCUGGGGAGUUGGUGGUACGUGAGUUCUUUUCCAGUAUCCUUCAGGAGAUCUGUGAUGAGGUGAACCUGCCGCUGCUCACCCUGAGCCAGCCCCUGCUGUUGGGAAUCGCCCGAAAUGAGACCAGUGCUGGCCGAGCCAGUGCCGAGUUCUACGUCCAGUGCAGCCUGACUUCUGAGCAGGUGAGGAAGCACUACCUGAGUGGAGGUCCCGAGGCCCACGAGUCUACAGGAAUCAUCUUUGUGGAGACACAGGUGCAGAAUGACAAACCGUCUUGGAGGCCAGGGCUGGGGCCUGCAAAGAGGCCUGGCAAUGCUUGUCUUGUAGGGGAGGUGUUGGCUGGGUUACAGUUCCCUCCAGAGUCACAAGAUUUGCCCUCAGUGCAAGGGAAGGGUCCAGGGACCUGUUCAGCCCCUUAACAUGCCUCCCUAGGGACAGUGCAGAGGUCUCUCGAGGCUCAGGAAUUCCAGGCACAGCCCUGGCAGGAGAUGUGGCAAGACCUGAAUGCCUGGGUCUCGCUGUCUCCCCACAGAACGUGCGGAGAUUGCAGGAGAUGGAGAUGUGGGCUGAGCUGUGUCCCUCGGCCAAAGGCGCCAUUCUCCUCUACAACCGGGUUCAGGGAAGUCCCACCGGAGCGGCCCUAAGGCCCCCAGUCCUACUCCAACCAUUCUGAAGACAAUAAAGGACUUCAUU